UUCAUUCAUCUUCUCAACCUUACUUCUUUAACUCCAACAAGUAACUUCAUUCUUCCCCUUUUUCUCUCUCAUCCCUCAUUUCCUUCCCCAAAUCAAACUCAAGCAAGCUCAGAAUCACAGCUAAAUUCAACAUGUCUUCCCCAAGCAAGAGGCGCGAGAUGGACUUGAUGAAAUUGAUGAUGAGUGAUUACAAGGUGGAGAUGAUCAAUGAUGGGAUGCAGGAGUUUUAUGUGCAUUUUCAUGGCCCUAGUGAGAGUCCUUACCACGGCGGGGUAUGGAAGGUAAGGGUUGGGCUUCCUGAUGCAUACCCAUACAAGUCUCCUUCGAUAGGAUUUAUAAACAAGAUGUACCAUCCCAAUGUGGAUGAAAUGUCAGGUUCGGUGUGUUUGGACGUUAUCAACCAGACAUGGAGCCCUAUGUUUGACCUGGUGAAUGUGUUUGAGGUGUUUCUACCUCAACUCUUGCUGUAUCCUAAUCCAUCUGACCCGUUGAAUGGAGAAGCUGCAGCUUUGAUGCUGCGUGAUCGAGCUGCUUAUGAACAAAGAGUCAAAGAAUACUGUCAGAAAUAUGCAAAACCAGAAGAUGUUGGGGAUGUCCCAGAAGAGAAAUCAAGUGAUGAAGAGCUUAGUGAAGACGAGAGUGUGUCUAGCGACGAGGAAGUUGUGGGGCCGGUGGAUCCAUAGCCUUCCCUCACUACCAGUUUCAGUACUAUGUCCAACUAUUCUCUCUGUAUGCUUCUAUCAAAUGCAUAUAGAAGAAGAAGCUAUUCCUUUCCUACUGCAAAAAAACAUGAGUAUUUAUAUCCUGUUGUAAAGUCUGUUGUUGUAAAUAUAUGCGUACAUUGUUUGUAACUUUAUUCCUCAUUACAAAUACCAAGCAAAAAUCUUGCUCUAAGGGCAAGUUUUAAUUUGUUGAA